GUUAUCGACUUAUCGAAAGAAAAUCAUCACUAAUGUUGAGCUAAUCGCGAACAAAAUCGGUUUGGUUUUUGGAAGUGGGAGUAAUGGUGUUCCCACAAAAAAGGAGGAAAAAAUUGGAAUAUCUGCGGCCGCUGUAACGCAGCAAAUUGUGCAAAGCCCUAAAAGUGUCAUAAAGCCGCGUUUCAUCUGCAAACUGCAUCCGAGAACCUCCCAAAAAAAAUCGAGGGCAACGCGAAAUAAAAUCAAAAUCUCUGCUUCGCAGCAACAACAAAUCGCUUCGUUUGCCAAGGUGUUAAUGCUUAUUUAUUUAUAAAACAUGCCCCGCAUGACUAAUGAAACGGGUUGCCGUUAUUAAAAUCGAUUAAUGUCGAAAUACGCGCAAAGCUAAAAACAGAAAGAAAAUUCCCCAAGGCACUCGAUUUCCGUGCUGGCGCCUGGAGUCCAACAACAACAACAGCACACUAGGAUAACACAAGUUACAACAGCAACGAUAGCAAUUCAUCAUCGUUAAUUGUCAACAAAAGGCAUAUUUAUUAACGUUAAAUAAGCACUAAAAAUAAGCAAACAAGUAAUUAUGCUUGACCCUGGUCCCACAAUAGCACCAUCUCAGAUUCCAGCGAACGAGGAAGAGAGACGCAGCUAAACCGCACUGGGAGUUGCAUCGCAUUCGUCGUCGGACUUGCAAGCGUGCAGGGAUCGUUUUAUCACAAUACUCACAAAUUGAAGGCGAGAAGCGGAGUCCAGACUGAAACUGAGACCUAGACUGACUGAGAUUUGAGAGAUUUAGCAAGUGCCACCAUGGCGGCCGUGGGCAAUCUGCACAACACGCGCAUGCUACGCUUCUUUUUAGUUUUAAUCGUGGUGAUCCUCACCAUUUUCAUCUACACAUCCUACUCAACGACGAGCACCCUAACAGCGAACCAUGUGCACCCAGCGGCAUCACCGCCACAGCAGCUGAUUGGCGGUCAUCCUGGGCGACAGCUGAUUGACCAAGUGCCGUCAGUCAAUAGCACGGACAAGGAGUACAAUUCGCCUACUGGUGAAAGUUCGUCAAAGCAGCAAAGCAUAUCCAGCAGGCACUCACAACAAGCACCCCCGCAACCGGCGGAGAUCCACAAGAAGCAUCCGCAGCACAGGUUGCCCACCAUCGACGAGGAUGCUCUGCUCGACGGUGGCUCGGCGGGCGCCAGUCCCCAGGUGGGUGGCCCCGAGCAGACGCCCAAUGUCAUGGCUGAUGAACUGCUGGAGGAGCAGCAGUAUGGCCAGGGUGUUGAUGCCAUAACCGGCAACAUCAACAGUAGCGCCAACAACAACAGUUCUGCAGACACGUUGGUUGUUAAACCAUCGAUUCCCAACCAGUCACCACAACAACAGGUCCCCCAGUCGCAGGUGCAGCCAGGUCUCUCCGAUGCGGACCUCCUUAUACCCACUUCCAAUUUGCAAAAGUUUAUUGAGAACGCCGAUAGGAUACUAAAAAACAUCACCUCGAACAGUAGCACAGGCAAUCCAUCGGAUAUGGCUCAACUCAACUCAGUGGACGGCAAACUGGAAGUCUCGGGCGUUGAGUCCGAAAAGCAGGAACCGGAAUCCAAGGUGAUACAGGAAAUUAAGGAAGCCAAGAAAGAGGCGGCAGUUCCGCAGCCUAAAUCCGCAAAACCACCAUCGCCACCUGUGAAACUGACAAAAGGCAAGAGCAUGGUGCCAAGUGCUCCUGUGGAUCCCUCGAAGGGAGUGGCCACCGAGACUCUCUACGAGCCAGGCCACCUGGAUGAGGAGAUCGAUGCGGACCGCAUAUGUCCAAAAGGCGGAGAGUUUAUUAAGCUCCUGGUUCUCAUUAGCUCAGCGAUGUCUCAUGAUGCAGCCCGCAUGUCCAUACGGCAGACAUGGAUGCAUUACGGAACGAGAAGGGACGUUGGCAUGGCAUUUGUCUUAGGACGUGGCACCAAUGAAACCAUAAACAAAGCUCUUACCCAGGAGAACUUCAUCUAUGGGGAUCUGAUACGGGGAAAUUUCAUAGACUCGUACAACAACCUCACCCUCAAAACGAUAUCGACGCUGGAGUGGGCAGAUGUGCAUUGCUCGAAGGCAAAGUACAUUCUCAAGACGGACGACGACAUGUUCAUCAAUGUGCCCAAACUGCUGACCUUCCUGGACAAGCACAAGGACAAGCGAACCAUAUACGGUCGCCUGGCCAAAAAGUGGAAACCGAUUCGGAAUAAGAAGUCCAAAUACUAUGUGUCCGUCGAUCAGUUCGCGGCGGGAGUGUUCCCGUCCUUCACCACUGGACCCGCCUACGUUCUCACCGGAGACAUUGUGCACGAACUCUACGUGCGAUCUCUGAAGACCGUUUAUCUGAAGCUAGAGGACGUGUUCACCACGGGCAUAGUCGCCAAGAGCCUUAAUGUUAAGCGGGUGCAGGCGAACGAGUUCGUCAACCGACGCAUUUCAUUCAACCCGUGCAACAUCCGCAACGCAAUCAGCGUGCACAUGAUCAAGUCGAACGAACAAUUCGAUUUGUGGAAAAAGCUGCUGGAUCAGACCACUAAGUGUAAAUAGUAUUUUAAGUUUAGAGUGUAGUUUUCCAGUAUGAAGAACACAGUGUGGUCUUUCGAGAAAAAGGGCAAACAUAUAUGUAAAACGGUAGGAGUAGAGAAUGAUUAGCAAAGGCAGCUAGCUAUAUAGGAUUAUACAAUUAGCCUAGUCUCUAAGUCCUAGAAAUAUCACAAACUUUGUUGUCGCUAUCUGCAUCUGCCUAUAUGCAUGCGAUCCAACAAUGAUUCGAGUACUUUUAAAACAUCUGUAAUUUAAUUCUAGCAUUCUGAAUGCCAUUAUUUAAAUGAUAAUUACUGAGCGAUAACUGUGGUUAUAUAUUAACACUAAAUACAUUAAUGUAUAUCGAGAGAA